UGGUUUUCAAACUUAUAUUAAAAGAAUGAAUUCAAAAAUAUUUAACAAAUAUUUGGGUUUUUGGUUGAUUUGAAUUAUUUUAAUUUACAAAUGAUUAUAAAAUAAAAAUUCAUACAAAAAAACUAUUUUUUAUGCAAUUUUAAGAAUAUUUGUAGUACAUGGACUAUGUGCAUGAAAUUUUAAAAAAUGCGCGUGUCCGUCACUGCCUGAACUAACAGUAAUUAACAGAAAUGACCAAAAUGUUAAAUUAUUGAAACAUGAGAAGGUCAAAUGUGAAAUUAAUGCAAAUUUAAAGGAUCAAAAUUGUAAUUUUCCCAUUUUACUCUGUAUCAUCAACACUGUAAUUAAUUGUUCAUAGUUCUUGCACAAUUAAAUCAGUGACGGUGGUCAUGGUUAAUCAUCUAGAGCUCUGUUUUUUAUGCCAGGCGUGGCUAUAAAUUCAUCAUCUCUCCUUAAUAAGCUUUGCCUUUUCUCUCUCCACAUCUCUCUCUCUCUCUCUCUCUCUCUCUCUCUCUCUCUCUCUCUCUCCAUAUUUAAUGUUUUCUUGAUUGCUCAGUGUCAUUCUGCAUUACACAACUGCCUCAAAUGUGACAUAAAUAAGGGACUCGUAUGCAAAUAUUUCAACAACAAAAAAAAAAGGAACCAUUUUUAUUUAUUUCUUGAAGGGCUUUCGUCACAGUAAUAAGUGCAGAGGUUCCGAGAAGCAGCACCCAUUCUGAAAAUGUGGAUUUUUGAUUUUGGGAAGAAAUUUUUAAAGUUAAGUUAGCAUUCUUGUGAAGAAAAAAUAUGGAUAUGUCUGGAAAUGAUACUAAUGUGGGCCCACCGAAACCAAGCGAAGACGCCGUAGAUUAUCGUGUAGCUACGUUAUCGAAUAAUGUAACAAACGCAUCCAUUGAAAUGAUUACAUCAGCCAAUCGAAUGGUGAAGUCAUCGUCUUGUUCUUCUUCGGCCCCUAUGGUGGAUUCUUUCUGCCCCUCCGUUUGGGAGCAGCAGAGUUUAGGCUAUUGUGACACGAGUGUUCGAAACGGUGCGUUGCUAAACGCGCUUCCUCACAGCUUAACUCACUUCCCAACCGAUCCGGCUUUUAUCGAGAGGGCUGCUCGAUUUUCUUGCUUCAGUAAUGGUGGGAGUUUUAGUGAAAUGGUCAACCCUUUGACCAUUCUUGAUCCUUUGAAUCCUCGAAACCGGGCUGUGGGGCCCGUGGUAGGCCCGAACGAGGUUUUCUUGGGUAAUGGAUCGAACCCUUUGAAAGACGAGAAAAACGGAGUUGAUUUAGGGGGUAAUCAAUCCGAUGGCGCUGAAUUUAGCAGAAGUGGCGAGCGAGAAGUGUCGAAUGGAAACGGCUGGAAGAAGAGGAAGAGAAUCGAAAAGAAAAAUGAAAAUAAUGAAGCACAACAAACAUGUGUUGAAACAACUGAAAUUAGACGAAACCCCAGGGGCAAAAAUGGUAAUUUGGAGCCCCAAGGAUCUGACCCCCCCAAGGAAGAUUACAUACAUGUUCGAGCACGAAGAGGGCAGGCUACAAAUAGUCACAGUCUUGCUGAAAGGAUAAGGAGGGAGAAGAUUAGUGAAAGGAUGAAAUUACUUCAAGAUCUUGUCCCUGGUUGCAGCAAGCAGGUUACUGGAAAAGCAGUUAUGCUCGACGAAAUAAUUAAUUACGUGCAGUCACUACAACGGCAGGUCGAGUUCCUAUCGAUGAAGCUUGCAACGGUGAAUCCACGGAUGGAUUUCAAUAUUGAAGGAUUAAUCGCUAAAGAUAUAUUACAACCUAGAACCGGGCUUUCAUCUUCGAUACCUUUUCCAAAUGAUAUGACGAUGCUCUUCCCUCCAUUUCAACCAACUGUAAAUGUCGGUGGCGGAUUCAGACAACCUAGUUCUCAACAUAUGCAGGCACCGAGUACUGCGUGGGAAGACGAAUUUCACAAUGUAUUUCGUAAUGGCUUCAAUUCGAGUUCUCCUCCUAAUAAUAGCCAAGAUUUAAGUGUUACUUUACCAGGUCACAUGAAAGAUGAAAUUUAAUUUGUUUUCGGUGUUCGGAGCCUUAUUAUAUAUAUCCGGUUUUGCAAGUUGCUAAUUCCCGUGCUGAAGUUAAAGAUGAUAGUUUUCGGGCUUCGAAUAACAGAGGAACAAGAUUAUUAGAUUAAUAUGUGUUUUUCUUAUUUCAUUCUUGAAUGUAAUAUUAUAUAUUAUUUUUUGUUCAAAUCUUUCUUUCUUGUAGGCUGCUGUGUAUAUAUGUACUAAUAUUUUUAUUUUA